GCCGGUUCGGCCAACCGACAGCAGAGGCCUCCGCUUCCCGAUUGCGCGGCUCAUCUGGUCGGCGUUUCCAUGCGGAUUCCCCCGCCUUCCACCGGUACCCGUUGGCGUCUUCCUUCCCGCCGUUGUGUGUAUCGGACUCUGCUGAGAAGGAAUCACUUUCCCUGUCAGUGGUUCACAGCAGUUCGAGGGGAUAGAGAGAGCUGAGGCCAAGCGUUCACGUUUAGACCUUGCAGAGUGACUCGGGAGUGCCAGGGUCUGACUGGCGACAGCCACUGCCUGAUGGGAGCGAAGCUCGACGACGUCCUCGCGGAUGUCCCCGCCUCCAAGGACGGCGAGGGUGCACCGCGGGGCCGGCCCGACCGCAAGGGCCCGUUGCCCUGCACGCUGUGCGGGAAGGUGUUCGCCUACGAGUCGGUGCUGCGGCGCCACUGGCUGGCCCACACCGAGGCCCGGCCCUUCAUCUGCGGCGACUGCGGCAAGGCCUACAAGAGCAACCAGGACUGCACGAGGCACCAGCGCAUCCACACCGAGGAGACGAGCGUCACCUGCCCCGAGUGCGGCAAGGCCUUCACCCACGUCUCGCACCUGGAGGCCCACAUGCGCACCCACACCGGCGAGCGGCCCUUCCCCUGCCCCGACUGCGGCAAGGCCUUCCGGCACUCCUCCCACAUGGAGCGACACCAGCGCACCCACACCGCCGAGCGGCCCUUCGCCUGCCCCGACUGCGGCAAGGGGUUUCGGCACUCCUUCCACCUGCUGAGGCACCGGCGCACCCACGCCGUCAAGCAGCCCUUCGCCUGCCCCGACUGCGGCAAGGCCUUCCGCGACUCCUCGCACCUCCUGGAGCACCAGCGCACCCACACCGGGGAGAAGCCCUUCGCCUGCCCUGUCUGCGGGAAGUGCUUCACCCGGUCGACGCAGCUGCAGGACCACCGGCGGACCCACACGGGGGAGAGGCCCUACGCCUGCCCCGACUGCGGGAAGAGGUUCAGCACGGCUUCCAUCUUGCGGCAGCACCGGCAGGUCCACAGCGAGGAGCGGCCCUUCCCCUGCCCCGACUGCGGCAAGGCCUUCAAGAGCCCCCUGAACCUGAAGCAGCACCACGUGAUCCACACCGGGGAGAGGCCCUUCUCCUGCCCCGUCUGCGGCAAGGCCUUCGCCCGCCACUGCAAUCUGCAGGCCCAUCAGCACGUGCACGGCAGCGCGUAGUCUGCAGCGGGUUGUUCUGCCCAGACCUCGCACCUGCUGGGACGCUUGCGAGCCUAUACCCUCUCCUCCUGCCCCUCGUGUGGCAAGACCUUCAUCUACACACCGGGGAAAGCCCUUCGCCUGCCCCAUCUGCGGGAGGUGCUUCACCCAGUCACGGUAGCUCCGGAAGCCCCGUACGUGGUCCUCAUUCGGGGGGGGGCACGAGUUCCUCUAUUGCCCUGGGCUGCCAUUCUGUGUCUGUAUGUAUGUGGAGUUUGUUCGCUCUCUCGGUGGCCCCACGGGUUUCCCGUUCAGCCUCUCCGGUUUCCUCCCGCGUCCCACGGAGGCGAGGCGUUCCCCGAGCGUGUUGUGGAGGAAUAGCGUCCGCGUGGGGCUGGCCGGGUGUUGCAGGGGACGUGACGCGGCUCUCGGCUGCCGCGCGUGCGUGAGCUUGCCCGCCUGCCGGCGACCUCUGUGGGGAGGGCGAGAUGGGGUCCGGGUUGACGCGGUCGGCGGGCACGCAGAUCUGGAAUUCAUUCAGAUGGCCGGAGAGGCCGAGUGAUUGGCUAUAGUUAAAACGGAAGGUCGAUAGGUUCUGAAUGAGCAAGGGUGGGAAAAGUUACGGGAAGAAGGGAGCAGAAUGGGGAUAAUAAAUCAGCCGUGAUGGAAGGAUAGGGCAGACGCGGUGGGAUGAAUGGCCUAAUUAUUCACCUUAUGGCCUUAUGUUGGUCUGAUGCCCAAUCUCUUCUGCCCGUACAGAAUCCAUAUCCCUCCGUUCCCUGCAUAUCCUAACUAAGGGCCUCUUGUGCACCUCUGUCAGCUCGCCUGGCAGGGUAUUCCACACACCCACAACUGUCUGAGAGAAAAACAAUUUGCCUCCCUCGUCUCCUCUGAACCUGCCCCCUCACACCGUAAUUCCAGGUUCUGGUGAGAAGGGGGCUCAGGGCCUUGGGCUGUAUAUGUGGUUUGUUUUCUUUUUGCGUGACUGUUUUUUUUCCUCGUUAUUUUGAGUAUGCUGUGUAUGGUUUGCACCUUGGUUUCAGGGGAACACUCUGUCAUUCAGCUGUAUCCAUUCAUGUCCUCUGAUAUUAGAUGUUCCCAUCCUUAGAAAAAGGUAAGGAUACCGGCUAUCCAUCUGUGCCUCCCAGAAUACUGUAAACUUCUCUCAGGUCUUCCUUUGGUCACUGUUGUUGCGGAGAAACUAACACAAGUUUCUCCAGCCUCUCCUGAUAGCUCGCACCCUCUAAUCCAGGCAGCGUCCUGGUGAAUCUCUUCUGUUUUGUAGAACUGCAACGUUACCGUGCGGCCCUCAACUCGUAAAGGCCAACACACCACGCACCUUGUUAACACCCUGUCAUCUUUGAGGCAUCCAUGGACGCGGACCCCAGGAGCCCUCUGUAUCUCCACUCUGCUAAGAGUCCUGCGAUUCACCCUGUACCUGUUCUUCCUUCAUUCGAUAUCGCAAAGUGUAUCACUUGACAGUUUUCCAGAUUGAACUGAACUGCCAUUUCUUGGCCCAGUUCCGCAUCCUAUCAGUGUCCUGUUGUAACAUACAACAAAGUUUGUGUUGAAACAAACUUACUAACUCACCCUUCCACUUCCUCGGACAAGUCAUGUAUAAAAAUCACAAAGAGCAGGGGUCCCAGAACAGAAUUAGUGGAGAGGGAGUAAAUUAGUGGCUACAGAUCCAGAGUGAAUCUAACUCCACAUGUUCACAACACAAAAAUCCUGUGGUCAGAAGCUCCCUACACACAGUCCCAUCACACACCUCUGGGAUCAGACAGAGAGAGGCUCCCUCCUCACCGUCCCAUCACACACUCCCAGGGUCAGACACAGAGUGAAGCUCCCUCCACACCGUCCCAUCACACACUCCCGGAGUCAGACACAGAGUGAAUCUCCCUCCACACCGUCCCAUCACACACUCCCAGGGUCAGACACAGAAGCUUCCUGAUCCGUGAAUUAAAGGUAACAAAUUUUGGGUGAAAAUCUUACUCACAUAUCCUACAAAUCCUCUUACGCACUCCUACAUUAAUAUGCCCCCCUGUCCGUUUAUCCAGCAUGCCCAGUCUCUCCUCAUGACUCAGACAGAAAAGACACUGGCGAUGCUGGAAAACGUGAUCACUUUGUUGGAUUCACUGGGCAGGUCAGGCAGCAUCUACGGAGGGAGAUAAACAGCCAAUGUUUCGUGCUGAAACCCUUCAUCGGGACGGGAAAGGAAGGGAAUGUAAGCGAAAAUAAAAGGCUGGGGAGGGGGUGUAUGUAGGCAGCUGCUAGGUGAGACCAGUUGAGGUGGGUGGGGAGGGAAUGACGUGAGAAAUUGGGAGGUAAUCGACGGAAGAGGUGAAGGAUGAGGAGAAGGAAUGAUUGGAAUCGACAGUGGAGAACGUCGGGAACCUGAGGGAGGCAAUGGACAUGUCAUGAGGGUGGGGGAGAAGUGAAGGGGUGAGAGGGCCCCCAGCAUGCUAAAAUAACACAUCCUCCCUCUGGCAAAAUUCAGGCUGGAGGAGCAGCACCUCGUAUUCCGUCUGGGUGGCCUCCAACCCGAUGGCAUGAACAUCAAUUUCUCUAACUUCCAGUAAUUUUUCCUCAUCCGAUCCAAUUUUUUUCUCCCAAUCAGGUUACCCGCUCAACCCUUCUCCUCUCAUCUUCUGUCCUCAGGACCUACCCAUCUCCUCCCUCUCACCAUUCUCUUCUUUCACUGUACUCCUUGGUCCACUCUCCUCCCCUAUUAGAUCUUUCUGCAGCCCUUUACCUCUUCCAGCUAUCACACCCAGCUUCCUACGGCAACCCACCCAUAUUCAUCCUCGCUCGAUCCCACCUGUCACCUCCAGCUUGUGUGCUCUCACUCCACAAUCUCAUUCACACCUUUCUUUUCCAGUCGCGGCCCAGAGCUUCGACUGUUUAUUUCCCUCCACAGAUGCUGCCUGACCCACUGAGUUUCUCCGGCAUUUCGUGUGUUGCUCACGAUUUCCAAAUUCUGCAGUUUUUCUCGUGUUAGUGAAUCUCUACCAUGUCUCCCCUCUGUCUCCUUCACUCCAGGGAAAAGGAGCUCCAAUUUUCCCUGUCUCUCUUUCACAGGGGAAGCCCUCUGUGGACCCCCGGUUGUAGACCAUCGGUGUGAAUUACUUUGUCCCAGCACAGGUAUCUGGGAAACACCUCAUGCAGAUAAUGUCACCCAGUGGCAAACAGUGUAAGUAUUAGAAAACAUUGGGGAUUGUUAGGGAUGUCAAAGAGACAGUGAAAAAAAAACUAGAAUUCGUUCUUCAGCCUUUGAUUUCAGUGACAGACAACUUGUUCAUCUACAACUCGUUGGUACGUUAUUUUAGUUUAUAAGAAUUGUACUUGUGUUUGGGAACCCUUUGUAGUUUGUAAAGCAUUUGUAAUUUAGAACUGUACUGUUUUGUAAAUCGGAAAUCCUCUGUGAGUACUAAAUGCUUGCUAAGAACUUUUUGUCUAAAUUUAAAAGUGUAUAAUUAGAAGUAAAAUAAACUCUGGUUAAACUACUUCAUUAGCUGGAAGUAUCUUCCUCGUUGGUAGGGAGGGGGAUCCCAGCACUCGAGCAGUGGGUAUUGGCAGCUGGACGAGACAGGCAAGUAAGCUUGUCCUUCUGAAAGCAGUAUCGUCUCCCUAUAGCGAGGGCACCCUUAGGUGUCUAUAUCAGGCUUAAAACCUUUUGAGUUUAGGACUAUGUGAAAGGGAAUCCAACAGCAUCACACGAGAAGAAAGCAGCGCCACCAGGAAAGGGAUGUGAAUGAAGGGAUUGGUUCCGGAGUCUGAUAAUCUUCCCAAUGCUUCAGGAAGUGACGGAUAUUUUUGAUCAUGGCAUCAGAAUCUGGUUUAUUGUCACUGACAUAUGAUUUGUGGCAGCAGUACAGUACAAGAGCAUCAACAUCACCCCAGGUGACGAUAAAAUGAAAUGAAUAGUGGAAAAGGGGUGUUCCUGCAUCAACAUAUAAUGUAAAAAGAAACUAUGCUGACUACAGCCUGUUUUAUCAUGUGCCACCAAGUACCCUGAGACCUUAAUAGUCAACCCCAACAUCUUCCCAACCACUGAGGUCAGACUAACUGGCCUAUAGUUUCCUUUCUUCUGCCUCUCUCCCUUCUUGAAGAGUGGAGUGACAUUUGCCAUUUUCCAGUCCUCCAGAACCAUUCCAGAACCUAGUGAUCUUUAAAGAUUAUUACUAAUCACUUCACCCUCUUCUCUCAGAACCCUGCAGUGUACAUGAUCUGGACCAGGUAUCUUAUCUAUCUUCAGACCUUUCAGUUUCCCAAGAACCUUCUUCCUAGUAAAGGCAAUUUCACACAUUUAAUGACCCCUGACAUCUGGAACUUCCACCAUACUGCUAGUGUCUUCCACAGUGAAGACGGAUGCAAAAUACUAAUUCAGUUCAUUUGCCAUUUCCUUGUCCCCCAUUGCUACCUCUCCAGCAUCAUUUUCUAGAGGUCCAAUAUCCACUCUCACCUCUCUUUUACAUUUUAUGUAUCUGAAGAAAUGUUUUGUAUCCUCUUUAGUAUUAUUGGCUACAUUAUUUUCAUUUUCCAUCUUUACCUUAAUGAAUUUUUAUAGACAAUAGGGGCAGGAGUAGGCCAUUCGGCCCUAGGAGCCAGCACCGCCAUUCACUGUGAUCAUAGCUGAUCAUCCACAAUCAGUAUCCAGUUCCUGCCUUCUCCCCAUAUCCUUUGACUCCACUAUCAUUAAGAGCUCUAUCUAACUCUUUCUUGAAAGCAUCCAGAGAAUUGGCCUCCACUGCCUUCUGGGGCAGAGCAUUCCACAGAUCCACAACUCUCUGGGUGAAAAAGUUUUUCCACAACUCUAUUCUAAAUGGCCUACCCCUUAUUCUUAAGCUGUGGCCUCUGGAUCUGGACUCCCCCAACAUCGGGAACAUGUUUCCUGCCUUUAGCGUGCCCAAUCCCUUAAUAAUCUUAUAUGUUUCAGUCAGAUCCCCUCUCAUCCUUUUUAGUUGCUUUCUGCUGGUUUUUGAAAGCUUCCCAACCCUCUAACUUCCCAAUAAUCUUUGUUCUAUUAUAUGUGCUCACUUUGGCUUUUGACGGUUGUGUCAUCUUUCCUUUAGAAUAUUUCCUUUCUUUUAAGAUGUGUAUAUCCUGUGCCUUCUGAAUUGCUUCCAGAAAUUCCAGACAUUGCUGCUCCGCCCUCAUCCCUGCCAGUGUUCUUUCCCAAUCAAUUCUGACCAACUCUUCUCCAUUGCCUCUGUAAUUCCCUUUACUCCACUGUAAUACUGAUACAUAUGAGUUUAGCUUCCCCUUCUUAAAUUCCAGAGUGAAUUCGAUUGUAUUAUGAUCACUUGCCCCGAAGGGUUCUUUUACCUGAAGCUCUCUAAUCAAUUCUGAUUCAUUGCACAACACCCUAUCCAGUAUAGCUCAAGGGCUCAACCACGACCUACUCUUAAAAAGCCAUCAUGCAGGCAUUCUAGAAAAUCCCACUCCUGUAAUCUAGCACCAAACUGGUUUUCCCAAUCUACCUGCAGAUUGAAAUCCCCCAUCACUAUUAUAAUAUUGACCUUUUGGCAUGCAUUUUCCAUCUCCCAUUGUAAUUUGUAGGCCACAUCCUUGCUACUGUUUGGGGUCUGUAAAAAACUCCCAUCAGGGUCUUUCUACCCUUGCAGUUCCUUAGCUCUAUCUGCAGUGAUUCGACACCUUCCAACGCUAUGUCAUUUGAUAAUUUUCAACAUUCUGCACCCCCCCCCCCAUUCUUCUAAAUUGCAGCAAAAAUAGUCGCUAGCAGUAUGAUGGAAGCUGCAGGUGUCAGGGGUCAG